AGAACUAAUGCGAAUAACUUUUGGAGCGUUAACUGAUCUCAAGGUCAUUAGUCGUACAUACGUUUUUAACGUGUAACGAUUCUUAAUUAGGUGAUGCUGCGAACUUGAGGAAGAAUAUGCCAGCAUAGUCGGGGUUCACAGUCUUGAGUUGGAAGUGCUUAUCGUGACCACUACUACCCAUCCUGCAACCACUUGUCGUUAAUCGUUACUUAAAUGCAUUUGGUUACCGAAUCUAUCUACUGACUUUGGUUUGAUCUAAUCUGUAAGCUAUCUUUUCAGUUAAGAUUUCUCAAGUGAGAAUCGAUUAUUUACAUUGUUUAUGAAGCAGACUUCUUUGUUGCAGUCUUGGACAAGUUUGCUUCCCCUUCAUUCGACCAAUGUGAAUAAUCAUGUAGAUUCAUGUUCGAAAAAUUUCAAAUCAGUUGAUUCUGAUGAUGUAUUCUUGGCUAAUGUUCUUGAUCAAUUUAAUGAUGAUCCAGAGCUCAACAACAUUUCAAACAAGAAUGAAAGUCAUGAAAAUGAAAAGUUUAUUACUGAUGCUUUGAAAAGACCACCUGUUACAUAUCACCCAACAGCCAACGAUUCAGAACAUUUGGAAGGUUUCAAUGUUGACGCUGGUGCUAAAUGGAUUUACCCUAGUGAUUCAAACUUACGCAAAUAUCAGUUGAAUAUUGUUGAACAAUGUCUAUAUAAAAAUACACUUGUAUGCUUGCCCACAGGACUUGGGAAAACAUUUAUCGCCGCUGUAGUGAUGUAUAAUUUUUUCCGUUGGUAUCCAACAGGAAAGUCUAUUUUUAUGGCACCAACUCGACCACUUGUAACACAACAGUUUACUUCAUGUUCCGAAUUUAUUGGACCUUUUCAGGAGAAUAUUAUUGAAUUGACUGGAUCAGUAACACAAACUAAACGAAGAGCUAUCUGGUCUUCUUAUCGAGUUCUGUUUCUUACACCUCAAGUGCUGAUGAAUGAUCUACAAAACGACGUGUGUCCUGCUAAUUCUAUACGCUUGCUUAUAUUCGAUGAAGCGCAUAAGGCUACGGGAAACCAUGCCUACUGCCAGGUAUUACGAAUCCUAACAAAUCCUCCCUACAAUCAUCGACAAUUCCGAAUUAUCGCCUUGUCUGCCACCCCUGCUUCCGAUAUUGAUGGAGUACAAACACUGAUUGCCAACCUGCUUAUAUCUCACCUUGAACUGCGAACUGAUACUAGUGCCGAUGUUCGACCUUACACACAACAUCGGCAGCUGGAAACAGUACUCGUUCCUCUUGGUCCGGAGUUAACAAGAUAUCAUAAUCAAUUAGUCGAUUGUAUCCGCGUACCUCUAGAUAGACUUUACCAAUGUGGAGCACUUUCAAAGUGUUCUGGUGAUCUUCGUCCAGAGAAACUAGCCAAAUAUACAAUCGUCAAGGCAAGAGAAGAGUGGUGUUCAAAAAUGUUGCCCAAUAUCACUCCCAUGGAAAGUAGCUCAAUUCAGUGUGACUUUGGCCUACUUAUUUGUUUGCUUCAUGGUUUGGAACUACUAGUUCAACAUGGAUUACGUCCUCUCUAUCGUUAUUUGGAGGGUGUUUAUUCUGGAAACCGAGCUAGUUCACUGGUUAGGAGUCAGCUCAACAAACUUCCUCAUAUGAACUAUCUAUGGACCGAACUAGCUCAGAGAUUCGGUAUGAGCGUAGAAUGUACUGACGGAAUUUGGAAGCGAGAGUUGAUUGGUCCAGAGCUACUACAUUCUCAGGCACCAUUUUUAGCAGGUCAUCCUAAACUUGAUAAGUUGAAAGAAAUUUUGUGUAGUCAUUUUAAUUCAUAUGGUAAAGGAAAAAUACGAGAAGGAAAUUCCACACGUGUUAUAGUUUUCACACAAUUUCGUGACUCAGUUGAAGAAAUUAUGCAUAUGCUGAAACACUUGAGACCACUGAUUAAGCCAGCAUCAUUUAUUGGACAAGGGACAAGAGUUAAUGGUAGUCCAAGUGUCAGUAAUCAAUCUGAAUCACCUAGAAUAGCCACUUCACGACUACCAAAUGGACAAGGUGGAAUAUCACAGCGGGAUCAGAUACGCGUGAUGGAUGCUUUUCGGUCAGGUGUUUAUAACACUCUUGUAUCAACAUGUGUGGGAGAAGAAGGUAUUGAUGUCGGACAGGUUGACCUAAUUGUUUGCUUUGAUGCUUCUAGAUCGCCAAUACGAUUAAUGCAACGUUUAGGUCGAACCGGUCGCAAACGCCUUGGACGCAUAGUCGUACUGCUAACAGAAGGUCGCGAAGAAAAGAAUCAUGCUAUAAGUAUGGCAAAAACGUCUUGUGUCCACAAAGCUUUGCUUGAAGGCAAUGCAUAUCGUAGACUUGCAUUUUAUCCCCAUAAUCCAAGGAUGGUUCCACUUGGUGUUGAUCCUAAACUUCAUUUCAAAAGUUUACGAAUGGCGAAGGAAUUUAUUGAUCGGAUUAGGCAACAAAGACAGCUAGAUUUCCAAAAAAAGCGUUCACACGAAGAUAUGUACAAAUCACAUGCAGAAUCUAUUGGAUUAGAUAAUUUGCACAUCAGAUUACAUCCUAUUGCACCAAGUCCAAUUCACUGCAUAUUAAAAUCUGAUGAAACAGGUAUUUAUAAAUCAGAAUUCCCCACGAUUACAGAUAUGUACAAUAUAACAUCCCUUCAAAAACUGGAAGUUCUUAGAGAAACUAUGCAGUCUACUCUAGUUCCAGAAUCAGAUGUUGGUUCGUCUUCUUCAUCUAAACACCUCGUGUCAGUUCUUCGACUGGUUGAAUUGCAUCGUCGUGGUUUAACUCAGCUUUCUUUUCAUGCUAUUGGGAUAAGAAAAGUCGAUAUUGAAACGAAAAUGAGCAGAAUAAUAGGAAUAGCCCCUUCAUCCCCUAGCAGGCAAGUAAAAUUGUGCAAUUUUUCUCAAGAAAAGUUUGUAUCCCCCCACAACACAGUUACCGUCAAACCCAACAAUACAUCUACUACUUCUGAAAUAAAUCAUUCAACAGUAGAUUCUAUUCAGUGUCUCAAACUGAUCAAAGGACUAGUGUCAAACGAGGUUUUUCUUGACCCCCGUAUUGGCGAAAUUAAAAAUUACACAGAGGAGUUCAGUCAAAUACUAUGUAACCUAGAAAUUAGAAAAAGUGUCAAUAUUACUGUGAAAUCUCUGAAAACAGCACUAGACAGAUGGAUGGAGACUAUGAAUAAUCAAAUAAACAGUUUAUCUACUGUCUCUUUAAGUCCACAGUUAGAUCUUAAGCUCAAUAUAGAAAACAGUUUACUUGAAGCGAUAAGUACUGAAUUGCCAUAUCCCGAAGAGAAAUCUGCAACUUUUAUACCUGCUGCAUGUUACUCAACUGUAGAUCUUUCGACAAUCGACGGUCAUGCAGUUCCAAAAAACCCACAGUUGGUGACGCAUCCACAUGAUAUCAAGGCUCCAGCUAUCAGCAUUACAAAAGAUACUGUUCAAGCAUUUAAUUUCUCUGGCACUCUGAAUAACAUAGCUCGUAGUACUCCUUUCAGGCGGGUGUGUGUUAACCAAGGUUUGACUUCUUCCUCUAGUCAAGUUAAUCCGGAUGAGGCUUUAGCUUUACUGGAAAAUUCGACUAUUCACUUAGAUGCGUCAACUUUGUUAGACGAUGAGCCGACAACAUUUGCACCGUCUACUAGUGUUCAAAGUGUUAUCUUUACUGGUUGUUCAUUAUCACAUUUGAGUGGUUUUCACAAGUCAGCUGAUCUUUUACUUUUGAAACAAAGCUUUCCUUGGGUGGGGAGCUAGAUGAUGUAAUUAAACCUACUCAAAUAUCUGAGAAUGUAGACGUUUCGCAAAAAGAUGGUUUUUCAACGGCUUCUAAUAGUUCUUUUGACUCACAAAUCAAUUGGUCACCAAUAGAACAGAUGACAGAAACGCUUAAUACGCGGGAUAUUCUGUAUUCUUCAUCACCGAUAAGGGAGAACAAUACGCUAACCACUUCUAAAAACUAUUCAGUCAAUCCAGCUAGUAACAAAAGCCUAUCAGGAAUAUUUCAAGAGAGUUCUACUGAAUCAUCGAUGCACGAUCCAUUGAGUAAGGGAAAAAGGACCAAAGAAAAUAACUACAUUGAUCGCAAGUUCUUUUUAUCACAGGCUGAGUGUACAAAUCACGAGUCAUCUGACCAACUCCAUUCCAAAGACCAAGACAUAUAUGAUGAUAGCUUCAUAAAUGACGACUCUGAGAAUGGCACUUGCAAUUCACCUGGUGUAAAUACAUCUGAUAUGAUGAAGGUAUAUCUUCAAACCAUUCGCAGUCCGAAACUAUUCCCAGGAAAUGUUAAGAACCCACGAGAUGAUAUGACAGACAUUUCGGAAAAGAUGUAUGAUAAAUGUGACGUCAAGGUAGACCUUAUCUUUUCACAGGUUAGUUGUUAACUGUUAAACAAUCUCAGGUGUUGGUGUAACGUUUUGUCGUAUUUUCAGAUGUAUUUAUCAUGAUGCUACCUAGGUUAUGUCCCAGUUUUCAAAUUGUAGUUUAGGAACCUUAUUUUCGGUACCCACUUUUCUCGUUACAAAAUACCUUUCUUGCAGAACUGUUUCAUUUCCCACACGACAACUACUUAGUUCAGUUACUUAUUUCAUGGUUCUUUGUGAGCACGGUUUCCACUUUCCUACUUAAUAGUGCACUAUAUUAAGUGACUUGGGUGUAAGUUGUUCUCUGACCAAUCACAUCGUUUUUACGGUUUCCUUAUUAUUUCCCUUAUUUUUUGGUGCUGUCGUGAAGUGCGAGAAAUUGAACUGACAAACCUUGGUACGGCUGUAAUAUAUUUGUAUUGUUUAGGUUACCAAAUAGUUUCUUUUCUCAAGCUUCUUUUCAAGGUAAAGUCCAAAUCAACUAGUGCGAAACUAUGCAUUCCAUCUGGACUUUCUUGAUAUGGAUCAGAAUGCAAGCAGGUUUAACUGGGACAUUGUCUUUAAGUGUUGAUAACAAGAUCCGUGUAGCGCUUUAGUUGAGUUCUAGGUCUGCUACCGUAAAAAAUGUCUCGUUCUCAUUUUUUCGGGGACUAUGAAGUAUCAGUGCCCAAUAGUCUGUUGACAUUACACUAAAGUUAUAAACUGCUGUUGAAAUACGAUCGUCGGUCAGGCUAACAUUGGGUAUGAGAUAGAAGAGGCGAAGAGAACCAACGAAUAUAUUGACCACUAAAGUGAUGAACUACACCCACUAAAAGUGCACGAUAUUCGUAACGUCUGUUGUGAUGUUGGUGAAAGUAUCAAGGAUGCUUAGUAAAUAGCUAGCAGUGGGAUCCAGGUCACAAGGUUAAUCCUAUUCGGGUGUUAAUUUCAAGUAUCGGUAGGAAAAAUAACACUUACUAGGAGGAAGGCUCCUUCAACUGAAAAGCCCUAAAUAGGAGGAAACGCGCGUCCUGGGUUCCGCUAUUUAUGCUGGUCAGUUCAGAACCAGUCAACAACGUAAAAUACUCAUAAGGAUCGACAUUAAUAUGAUUUGAAAGAAUUAUUUUCACUUAUGAGUUCGGGUAACAGUCUGAUUGGGAAAAUCGAUUCUUCGUACCAAUAAUGAGUUUUGGAUAGAUCCAGCUAUGAGUCAACAAUUUUCAUAACACUAGAAGCAACACUGAUGAAUGGACAGGAAAUUCUAUGAGCGAAAGUAGUUUUCCAGAGAGAAAACUAAGAGUGAUGGGACCUUCAUCAGCAAAGUGGACCAAUGAUUUAUUUGUCUAAGGGCGGAAAUUUCCAUAAGUCUUUAAUAUACUUCGCCGACCGAGGUUCGGAGAGUCAAGUAGCAGUACCAGCCCGUACACUUAAGGAGUAAUUUGUCGUCUUGUAAACAAAACCUGAACAUAGUUGCUGUUUUGCAGCACGAUAGUUGGUCGGUUCAGUCUAUAAGAAGUCUAGACGUAAAGUUUUGGGACUGGAGUAUGUGCAUUUAUACUUGUUACAAAUAAUGAGUUUUUAUUACCUGCCCUUCUGAAAUGAAUUUCUUACUUUACGGAACAAGUAAGCAAUAGCAAACGACUGACCAUACUAGCAAGCCACUUUUGAUGGUUUCACAGUAUACCAUCCUAGAGGUUCAAUGAUGCUUGAUUACUAGGUUGAAGUCUCGAAUGGAUUCAUAGGCAAGCGUAGUAUUUGCCCUACCCAACACAGCUUAGUAAAUUCAACAUUAUGUUGUGUGUACAGAAUGGCUUCACUUUUAUUGUAGAUACCUGAAGAAGAUGAAUACCAGUUGGACAGCUUUUAUGUGGACGAUGAUGAGUCCUUAAUAUUCAAUGGAUCGUCAAAACCACCUACUCCUAAACUACGAAGACGGCGUAUUCGGACUGGUACUCAGAUUCAGCAGUCUUUCUUCUAAAAUGUACAUAAAAACAAAAUUUUGAUCAACAGAUUUAUUUAG